AUGGCCAGGAGGCUGCAAGCCCUGGCCCUCCUCGGCUGCACUCAGGGCCUGCUCACCUGGGUGUCUGGGCCGGGCACCCUGGGCAGGGGUAGAAAACCAAAUGCCUUGCCUCUCCUGGCCAGGGGCAGCAGCAACAGAGGAGAGAAAGGUACAGAAAGAGAAGCCUGCACAGAAGCCACAGCGACGGUGCUGGGAUCCCUGGCCAAGACCGUGGUUCGGGCACCACAAGCUCUAGUCAUCAAAGAAAAGCAAGGCAUACCUCCCAACGCCCUGGCGCUCCGGCACGAUCGCCGCCGCCUCCCCGGCUCCCCCACGGCUUCGGCGCCCCGCAGCCCCCGCUCCCCGCCGCCGCGCCGCUCAGACCUGCCGCGCUCGGCUCGCCGCGCCCAGCCGGCCGGGGCCGCCGCCGCCGCCGAGAAGCGCCGGCAACUCCCGAGUCCCGCCGCCUCCCGAGCCACGGCCGGCAGCCGGGAGGGACUUCCAGAGCGGGGCGGCGCGGGGGCGCCCCGACUCCGACUCCCGGGGCCGUUCUUCUGGGCAGCCGGCCCGUGCGUGCCCCGCGGCGUGCGCCCCCCGCCGGCCUCCGGCCGUCCGCAGCGCCACCACCCCUUCGCCUCGUCCCCUGUCCCCGAGCUCCGGCUGCAUUCUCUCGAGCCAAGGAGGGGGCACGCGAGUCCCGGCGGCGCCGGCGCCGCCGCCGCCGCCGCCGGGCAGCCCUUCCCGCGGGGUCGCCGGCGCACGGGGUGCCCGGAGGCGGCCGGGACCGGCGGCGAGGGGACGCCCCCGCUGAUGUCCGCGGGGGGGGCCCGGGGGGGGCUUCGGGAGACUGGGCCGAGGGGCACGGGGCUCAAACCUGCCUCGGCUCGGCGCGCUCGCAAGUUCAUUGUCUGCCUGGGCCGCCGCCGCCGCCGCCGCCGCCGCGCCGGGAGCGCCGCGGGGAGUGAGGCUGCGCGCAGCCUCCGCCGGCCCGGACUCCCUACGCCCAGCCCCGCCGCCGCCCGCGCCGCCCGGCCGGAACGCGGAGGGGCGCCGGAACCCGGGGCUGCGAGCCAGACCUCCGCCCGCCGCUCCUCGCCGCCCCCACCCCCGCGCCUGGCACCCAACUUGUACCUGAGAAGCCGGAGUCCAGCCCCGGAGCCUCUGCGGCUCGGGCUCCGCAGGAGCGCGCCCAGCCCGGCGCCUCGAGCCCCGCAUCCAGGGCGCGUCAACCUGACUCCCCGAGCGCAGGGAGGAAAAGUUUGGGAGUGA